AUGAGUUCGCCGCAACCUACAGAGCCUUCCUCCGAUCCCAACGCGUCCAACCAGAGUCUCGGUGAGACCGCGUCUUCACAAUCCAAUGAAAGCACCCCGAGCUCGCGGUCAGAUGGCCGGCGGAUCUCGUUCAUGGGGGAUGACUUUUGGAGGAAGUUGAGCGGAGGGGAGUCGGAAACCCCUGUUGCGCCCCAGCCGGGGAGUCAGAUAGGCCAAGGCGGUACUCAGACACAGGCCAAGCAGUCGAAAAGACUAUCUUCCCCACCACCUCCCAGUAAAUAUCAACGUGGAGUCUCCUUCGACACCUUUGACAAUCGGGACGCGACCGAUUUCUCUUUCACCUUGAACUACAAGCACAAGAACUACCAGGCCUCGCGGCGCAGUCGCACCUUCCUGUGUGGCACGGAUCAAAAUGACUAUUCGGACUUUGCUCUCGAGUGGUUGCUCGAUGAGCUCGUCGACGACGGGGAUGAAGUGGUCUGCCUGCGGGUGGUCGAGAAGGACUCGAAGAUCGCGAGCGACGCGAGCGUUGAGGAGGGGAGAUACCGGAAAGAAGCGGAGAAACUGCUACAGCAAGUGAUCCGCAAGAACCGCAAUGAUGAGAAGGCCAUCAGCCUUGUUCUGGAGCUGGCGGUCGGCAAAGUGCAGGAAACCAUUCAACGCAUGAUACAAAUCUACGAGCCUGCCGUUCUCAUAGUCGGUACGCGGGGCCGCAGUCUCAGUGGGAUGCAAGGCCUCCUUCCGGGCUCAGUUUCGAAAUACUGUUUGCAACAUUCUCCUAUUCCCGUCAUCGUCGUACGGCCGACGCAAAAGCGCGAGAAGAAGAAAAAGAAACGGCUUGCCGAUCCGACCAGGCGAAGCUACAACAACAUCCUGCAACUGAGUGAGAAGCGGGGAAGCGGUUUGUUUGAUACCAACAUUAACACCGACAGCAACAUCGACAAGCAACCAGAGGAAGAAGCAGCCGCCGUGGCUGAAGCCGUCGGGCUUCCGCGAAGUUUCCGACACAGCAACAGCGAUACGAAGCUGUAUGCACUUGCGAAAGAAGCAAAACAGCAGUCCAAAGGCGAGCAUGAGCAUAAGAAUGAGAGUGACGUACCUAGCACAGAACCAAUUAAAUCGCCAGCGUCGACUGUCGAUGAUGAGAACGCCGUUGUACUGAAAAGCCCCACGCUUGGAGGCCUGGACAGCGCGCCUGUGAGUGAAAGCGAGGAUGAUGCAGCCACUACGGUGCAGGACACGUCUUCGACUACGGCUGCAGCUGCUCCAGAGAGUGCAGCGCCAGAAGAAGCAGAGUCAUCGGCUCAAGAGCAUUCAACAUCCGUCGCAAGUCCAGAGGUCGCUACACCUGUUGAUGCCUCUGUCGAAACGGAGGAUGCUGCUAAAUCCGGUCCUGAGGAAAAGGGGAUAACGCUGAGCUUGAGGAAUGACGGAUAA